AUGGAGCAACAAAACUCGGACGAUCUAUCGCAAUUCGUCACUAAUAAUGACUUUAAUGUGCUGGACAAUGAGACUCUCAGUCAAAAUGGCGGAUCGUGGUCAACGGCCGCAAGGGAGAAAAAGCGACAUCGAGCGAACACAGGCAGCAACAGUGAGUACGAACUGUCUAAAACACUGUCGGACUACGAGAAUCUCUCCCUUGAUAAUAAGCUAUCUAUGUUAUUCCAGGAAAUGAAAGGCGUAUCUAGUAAAGUUGACAGUUGCCUGAACUUACAAAUCAAAGUUAAUUCAAUAGAAACAACAAUGUCUGACCAUGAGCGGCGAAUUAAGCUUCUUGAAUAUAAGUCAGUAGACCUCGAAUCUAGAUGCCGCCGAAAUAACCUCCUUAUAAGUGGCAUCCCGGAAGAGAGGGACGAAAAUUGCUUUCACAAAAUAUCGACUUUCCUAAGAGAGAAGCUCGAGAUCGACCCAUGUCCUCCUAUCCCUCGAUGUCACAGGCUAGGAAAAUUCCGGCACGGCUCCUCAAGACCAAUCAUUAUUUACUGCUUAGACUUUCGUGACACUGAAUUCAUCCUGUCGAACGCCAGAAAGCUCCGUGGCACACAUUUCCACAUAAACAGAGACUUCCCACGCGGGAUUGUCGAUGCACGUAAGAUAUUAUGGCCCCAGUACAAGCGCUUACGGCAAGAACACCCGAACAGUAAGGACCCCGCGGAAACAACAGUCGCCAUCGCCUUCCAGGAGGAGGAAUCCUCGCCCACACGCACCUCGUAG